AUGAAGAUGCCUCAAGUCCCAGAGAGACAAUGGGCCCAGGUUUUUGAGACCAAUGGUGCAGCGUUGCAGUUUCGCCAAGUUCCUGUACCUGUACCUGGUCCUGCUGAGCUCUUGGUGAAUAUCAAGUACUCCGGCGUUUGUCACUCGGAUCUGCAAGCUUGGAAAGGGGGCUGGCCACUUGCCUGCAAGAAACGACUCAUCGGUGGUCACGAGGGCGUAGGAAUAGUCGUCGCUACAGGUGAAGGGGUCAAAGAAAUUGGCGUGGGUGAUCAUGUUGGCAUACAGUGGAUCAACAGCAUCUGCGGUUCUUGUGUCUCAUGCAUCUCCGGAGAUCAGAGAUCUUGUACCAACCCUCAGUUUUCUGGAUACACUAAGGACGGCACAUUCCAAGAAUAUGCAGUCUGUAAGGAGUCCUGUGCAGUUAGGAUUCCUCGGGAAGCGCCUUUAGACACUAUUGCUCCAAUCCUCUGCGCUGGAGUUACCGUCUAUCGUGCUCUUAAAGAGACUGGUGCCCAGCCAGGUCAGAUUAUUGCCAUAGCUGGGGCAGGCGGAGGGCUCGGCACCCUUGCUUGCCAAUAUGCAAAAGCGCUUGGAUUCCGGGUACUUGCACUUUCAAGUGGGGAUGGCAAGAGACGGCAUUGUGCAAAUCUAGGUGUGGAUUACUUCGUUGACUAUAAAACUUCUAAAAAUCUCCCCCAUGAGAUUCAAGGGCUCACCGAUGGAGGGCCCCAUGCUGUUGUGGUCGUCUCUUCGGACGACCGUCCCAUCCACCAGGCUAUUGAGUAUGUCAGAGCUCGGGGAACGAUUGUGUUGGUUGGCUUACCACCAGGAGCCGUCAUCAGAGCGGAUCUUUUUUCCGUCAUCUUUCGGAUGAUCACCAUCAAAGGAUCUUAUGUUGGGACCAGAGAGGAUACUGAAGAGGCACUAGAAUUUUUCGUCCGCAACGACAUGGCUAUGCAUUGUCAGAUCAUGGAGCUUGAGCAAUUACCUCAAGUUUAUGAUUUGAUGGAACAAGGUAAAUAG